UGACCGCAGUUGGUAGGUUUGAUGUGUCGGCAUCUGAGCAACGCACCCUUCUUCAGCCAAACAUGUGCCGUCCAAAUAAUGGUACUCGAGUGAAGAUCAGUCCAUCUGGAGUAUAUGUGUCUUCUAUUUCUUCAGAGAAUCAAGCUGCAGCGGAUGCACGAAUAUGCAACAGAAAUAGUGGCCAUGGUGGAUGUAAGCUCCGAUGCACCACUAGCUGCUGUUCCCUGAUGACAUCUGAACAAGGAGAGGCAUACUUACAAACAAGCCGUGAGUACAAGAGAAGAAGAAAGUCGCAAGGAGCAACUUCCAGAGGUGCACAACAUACAUCUGAUGGAGUAGUUGUUAGUAAUGAACAAACAACUAGACAUACUCUUGUGAAACUACAAGAUCAUACCAGCCCUUCACAUGAAGAUCUUAUCUACAUGCCAAGUGAUUCUUUUCCUGUCACCAUUCGAGAUAAUAUUGGGGACACUAGGGAGGGGCUUGAAUAUGACGACCAUGAUGAUGAAAGUUAUAUGCCUAGCGGACAAGGUUUUGAACUCCAAUCAUAUCUAGAAAGGAAAAUUGUCCCGAGUUGCCUACGGAUGGAUCCAUAUGAUCGUAUAUAUCAAAAUUUACCCACCAAUUGCCAUUUUCUAGAUCAAGUACCUAACUGUAAACAUUGCAAUGCAAAAAGGUUCCACUAUGAGAGACCAACGUUUUGUUGCAUGGGUGGAAAAGUUAAAAUAGUAACUCCAUCAGUUCCCGAUGAAUUACGUCGAUUGUACACGAGCCAAGAUCCAGAUGCAAAGUACUUCCGGGAUAACAUACGUUACUUCAAUUCUCACUUCUCUUUUACCUCUCUUGGUGUUGUCUUGGAUCAACGAUUCUGCAAUAAUAGAUCUGGAGUUUAUACAUUCCGCGCACAGGGUCAGAUUUAUCACCCAAUCGACCAAUUAGUGCCCAGAGAUGAUGGUCCCAAGCAUCUACAACUAUACUUUUAUGACACUGAUGCUGAUCUACAACAGAGAUUUCGUCAUUCACCUAACCUUAAUAAAGGUCUCAUCAGAAAGUUGGUAGAUAUACUUUCAUCUAAUCCUUAUGUCCAGAUCUUUAGAAGUCUUGGUUCUAUUCCAAACCUUCGUGAGUAUAGGAUUGAGCUCAACACAAAUAUUGCUUUGGACCAAAGAGUAUAUAAUGCUCCAACAGCAUCACAGGUGGCAGCAAUUUGGGUUGAGGGAAGUGACCCUCGAGGCCAUUUUGACAGGAGUAUAAUGGUUUAUGGUAUAUCAGACCGUCCACAAUAUAUAAAAGCAUACCACGGGUGUUAUGAUCCGCUAUCAUAUCCACUUCUUUUCCCAAAUGGAGAGGUCGGAUGGAACUUCAACCUGCCUAGAGUGAGUUGGCGUGCAAGGACAUCUAUAGACAAUCAGUUAAAUGCUUUUGACGAAGAAGGCAAGUUCAUUAUCAUACGAUAA